UAGAUUAAACGCUACUAGCGAAGCAUUUAAAUAUUGAGAUUGCAAAAAAGUAUACUACUAAACGCUAUGCACAAAAAUCUAUUAUCAUUAAUAUUGAUGGUUAAUCUAGCAGGAUGGGGCUGUACUUUUACCAUACAGCCAAUUGAAUUUGAACUAUUGGAUAAUAAAUUUCGUCUUUCCAUACCAAAUAAUCCUGACAUUAAAUGGGCGUCUUUUCACGUUAAUAUUAACAAAGAAUUUCGUUCCUUCGAGACUGGCCAGCUAACCGGUACGGCUAGUAUGCCAAUAAAUCAAAAGUGGACAGCCGAAUUUGAUAAGGCACUAAGAGACACUGACUUGGUAUACGUUUGGUUGGCAGUGCAGCACAAUCGUUUAAUAUUUCGCGACAAACAAGAACCCAUCUCGGUGGAAGCUUUUAAAGCUAGCAAUCCGAAUUAUAGAAUCACUACCACAACAGAAUCUGGAGGGGAUAUUUCGACUGAUACAUCUACUAAAAAAAAUAUUGAUGUCAAUUUGGAAAAUAAAAUCUGUCGUCCAACCGUUACGCAGGUGCCAAAAUCAUUUGGUGGUCCCUAUUGUCGUGAAGAUUUAAUAUUUUCGGAUAAUUUUGAUACGCUCAAUACAAAAUAUUGGACAAAUGAAAUACGUUUGCCUCCCACAGUUGAUGAUGCUGAAUUUGUUUUGUACAAUGGAUCGUUGGCAGUGGAGGGUGGUCACUUGAAAAUUGAGGCCAACUUAAAUGGUCAACAUUUGAAAAAGGAUAGUAUCGAUUUGGGUGCAAGAUGUACCAGUAUCAAGGUGGAAAGUGAAUGUUCUCUAACGCCCAGAGGUGUUUUAAUUUUACCACCCGUUAUAUCCGGUCGUCUAAGCACUAAAAAUUAUUUCAAUUUCAAAUAUGGCCGCAUUGAAGUUAGAGCAAAAUUACCCAUAGGCGACUGGCUGUUUCCCUUAAUAUCUUUAGAACCCACUGCGUCCACCUAUGGCGACCAUUAUAAAUCGGGUGAAAUGCGCAUUGCAUAUGCACGCGGCAAUCACAAUUUAAUGUGGCAAAAUAAAAACAUCAAUGGGGCGCGAUUAUUUGGUGGUGUCAUCGUUAAUAAAGAUGCCGAAGUGAGACAUCAGUAUAUGAAGGAUACAACCCUGCCGAAUGUUAAUCAUUUUGGUGAUGAAUUUCAUUUGUAUACCUUGACAUGGAAACCCGAUCAAUUUAUAUUGACGGUGGAUGGUAAUGAAUAUGGACGUAUUGAAACUAAUUUUAAGCAGCGCGUUAGUGAGCCAAUAUGGAAUAAGGGUGAAGACAAUGCACCGUUUGAUCAAAUGUUUUAUAUUACUUUGGGUUUGGCAGCUGGCGGUAAUGGCGACUUCCCUAAUACCGAUGGUAAACCUUGGGGUAACACAGAUCCACGCGGCAGUUGGAAUUUCUAUAAAAAUCGCAAUGCUUGGUUCCCCACUUGGUCGCAACCCUCAUUAGAAGUGGACUAUGUAAGAGUAUAUGCCGUUUAAUUUAUUGUAAGCGUAAUAUUUAAAAUUUGCAAUAAACAAUUAUUAAAUUAAAUUUUUUUUUAAUUUGAAUAUAAUUUUUAUACCUAUAUUUAAAUGGCAUUUUUAUAAAUAUAAAAAAAAACUUUACAAUUAUUUUAGAAAAGUUAAUUUGCAUUAAAUUUAUAUAUUUUAUGUACUAAAUAUAGUAGUAAUAAUAAAUAACACUUUUUUUCUUAAUACAUAAUUUAAAUAA